UAUAACCACAAACCGGGGAGUGCACUUUUACGAAAUACAUGUCUACUGUUACAAAGUUGAAAUAGUUGAGUCCAAUAUGAUAAAAAGAUAUUUGAAAUAGAAUGUCAACCAGACAUUUACCCAGAGCUAUUGGGAGCAGGGGAAAAACUGCACUUGAAAUAGAAAGAGAGAAUUUUGAGAAAAGUCAGCAUGUAGCAAUUACCAAAGCCAUCAGUGCAACGGAAUGUCCAGUGAAGGAGAAGCACGCCAGAACUAUUGUUCUAGGUACAUUUAAGGACCAUGGAGCAGGAUUAUACUGGACAAUUGGUGGAAAACUUCCAUUACAGGGAAAUCCAAUUAUAGCAUGGAAAUUUAUCCAUGUACUACAUAAAAUACUGAGGGAUGGACAUCCCCAUGCAAUACCAGACUCAUUUAAAAACCAUGCAAUCCUGAAAGAGCUUGCAAAACUAUGGAUGCAUCUGAAGGAAGGAUAUGGAAAGCUUAUUGCUUGUUAUUGUAAACUGAUGGUGGAGAAACUGAAUUUUCAUAGAAAGAAUAAAGAAAUACCAGGAAACCUGAAUUUAUCAGACGAACAGUUUGCUAAGAUUUGUGGGUCUGAUGUUAAUAAUUAUUUUGAGAUCAGUGUUGAGAUGCUGGAUUACAUGGAUGAGAUUUUGAGUCUUCAACAAGCAGUAUUUGGUUCAUUAGACAUGUCACGAUCGAACUCGAUGACUAAUUCUGGACAGUGUCGACUUGCUCCAUUGAUAUUGUGUAUACAAGACUCAUGUCAGCUCUAUGAUUACAUUGUUAAAUCCUUGUUCCGGUUACAUUCUAGUCUUCCUCCCGACACACUAUCUGGCCAUAGAGACAGAUUUCUAUCCAUGUAUAAAAGAUUAAAACAGUUUUAUUUGAGUAGUAGUAACUUACAAUAUUUUAAAAAUCUAGUCCAAGUUCCAGGUUUGCCUGAUGAACCUCCCAACUUUUUAAUAGCCUCAGAUUUCAGUAAGCAUGUGAAACCUGUGGCUGUGGUACCAGAUGAACCAGAACCAGAGGCGGAGCCAGAGAUUGAAGUGGAGGAUUUGAUUGACACAUCAGUCUCACAACCAGUCUUACAGGUGAAUAAUUUUGGAAAUGGCUUUCCUGAAGUUGAUGAAAGAGAUCAUAUUAUAGAAAGAUUAACAAAAGAAAUCCAGUAUCUCCGAUCAGAGAUAGAAAGAUUAAAAUUGGAGGACACAAAGAUUUUAUCUGCACAGAAAGAAGAGAUAGCCAGAUUAGAGAAAAUAUUAUCAGAGUUACGAUUGUCUGCUGAUAGGUCUUUAAAAGAUAAUGAUGAAUUGAAGAAGAGGUUAAAACAGACAGAGACUGUACAUGUUGGGGCUGCUACCAAACUAGCAGACGCUGAAAAACAUGCAAAAGGAUUUGAAGAUAAGUUCAAGAAGAUGAAAGAUAUUUAUCAGAAAUUAAGAGAGGAACAUGUCUCACUAUUACGAACAAAUGCUGAAGUAACAAAGAAAUUAGAUGCAGAAAAAAGAACUGUUGCUGAAAAGGAACAAUUACUGAAGGAAUCCAAAUCAGAAAUGGACCGCAUAGAACAAGAGAGAAAGGUGAUUCAGGAAAGCUUAAAACAAAGUGCUGACCAGACCUCGUCCCAGCUGGCCAUGACAAUGGCUAAAAAUACAGACUUACAAACAGAUAAAGAGCAUUUAGAAAAUCAAUUAAAAAUGUUGGAGGACACCAAGUCUAGUUUAAUGAACCAGUUACAAGCAUCGGAAGAAGAAUGUUCUAAUCUGCAAACACAACUAAAUGAAUUGGAGGAUGAGAAAAGGACACAGGAGAGUUCUCUGACAGGGGAAAUAACUACUCUUCAACAACAAUUUACAGCAUUAAAAAUAGAAAAAGAGUCUUCAGACACUGAGCUUGAUCAUCAAUUACAAGAACUAAAGACAAAAUUGGAACAAGAAAUGUCUGACAAGAAAUCCUUAGAACAACAGCUUAGACAACAAAUAUCAGAUUUGGAAUCCAGACUAAGUCAAAGUCAGUCAGAAAAACAAAACAGAGAACAAAAACUAUCAGGAGAUAUAGAUUUGAUACAUAAACAAUUAUUGGAUGCAUCUAUAAAAGAGGGCAAGGUCAUUAUACAAGAUGCUUUAGAUCAGUUUCAAAAUCCUACACACAUAGCUGUUAAAUGUACAGCAGAAUUCCUGUUGAUGAGAACAGAACCAGUGCUAUCCAGUUUGGAAACGAUUAAAGGAAUGCAGGGAAAAUACAAUGGUGACAGAACAGAGUUGGCCAAUCUUGUGAAAACAAUCACUGGAUUUUCCCAUCACUUUGGAGACUGUGUGAUUCAUGGUAUUGCUACAACCCAUUCUGCUAAUCUUGAAGCAGGGGAAGAGUUAGGUAAUGCUUGUAGAGAAGCUGGUGAAAGUGGACUUAAGGUGCUGGAUACAUUAGGAAAAGGUGCUAGCAUAGAAUCUGAUGUUAACCAUGCUGUACAGUGUGUAAAGAAGAUGAUAACACUGGCAGAAGAUCUGGUUCCCAAGUUUGUGGAGAUUAAAGAGAAGGAGAUUGGGGACUUGGUCGAUACAGAGAUGCAUUCCACGACAGCAGCUAUUGAGAUGGCUGCUAGGAGAAUAGCUGAAAUGUUAGAAAAGACAAGAGAAGCUACCAGUGGUGUAGAAUUAAAAGUAAAUGAGAGUAUACUGGACUCUUGUACUAGUCUUAUGCAUGCAAUAAGAAUAUUGAUAGAAAGAUCAAGAGAUUUACAGAAGGAAAUAGUGGCACAGGGCAGAGGAACAUCUACAGAAAAAGAGUUUUAUAAGAAGAAUCACAGAUGGACAGAAGGAUUGUUAUCAGCAGCUAAAGCUGUAGGCUGGGGAGCUACAGCAUUGAUGGAAGCUGCAGACAAGGUAGUGAGGGGCAAAGGAAAGUUUGAGGAGUUGAUCGUCUGUUCUAAUGAGAUAGCUGCAAGUACAGCUCAACUGGUUGUUGCCUCAAAGGUCAAGGCUGAUAGGAGAAGUAAAAAACUAACUUCAUUAUCAGAGGCAUCUAAAGGGGUGACUGAAAACACUGGAAAGGUUGUGGGAUCAGCAAGGGAAGGAUCACAGAUUAUUGAAGAACGAGGCCUUAUGGAUUUCUCCAAACUUUCACUGAUGCAGACUAAAAAGAAUGAGAUGCAAUCCCAGGUGCGAGUACUUGAGUUAGAAAAGGAAUUAGAAACGGAGAGGUACAAACUUGGAGAAAUCAGAAAGAAGCAUUAUCAACUGGCCGGGGCGAGUGAAGGCUGGGAUGAGGAAGAGGACCAAGAGUGUGACACUGAAUCACCAAGGCAACCAGGAACCCCAUCACCACCACCAUUGGAGUUCGAUCCAUUUAUGUAGCGGGUAAAACAGAACUGUCCAUUUUGUUCUGGACAAAGAAGUAAACCUGAUGUUGUAUAGCACUGUUAUCCUUGGCUCUUAUCACCAAGCUAGCUAAAUGUUGUGUCCUGUCGCAAGUUCGGAGAACUAAAACGGGUUCCAGCUUAUAUGCUUUGGUGACCAGUACAGUUGCUAUGGAAACCAUUAACAUAUCAAAUGUUUGAUAUUGUAUUAUUGUGGACCAGCAAAUAAAAUGAUUUGGUUUUAACGCUUUUAUUAGUGGUAGCUAUGUUCAUAUAUAAACAAACUUGAACUUUUCUAGCAUUUUCGUUUGUUCACUGCUAGUAAGUGUGCUGAUUAGUGUAUUUUAAGGAUUUGAUAUUUAUGUGUUUUAUCAAAUAAGUGUGUAUGAAUGUAGAAUGUGAACUGAAAGAAAGAGCAUGUGUGUCAAUGUUACAUAUAUUUAUAUAUAUAUAUAUAUAUAUAUAUAUUUACACUUGGUUAAUUGAUUUAAUAAAUGAAAGUAUAUACAAGUAUAUAAUUUGAGGGUGCAGGUCCUUUUUCUUAGAUGCAGUCAACUCCUAAUAAUAUUUUAUGAAAGUUGUAUGAUUAAUUUGUUUAUUUUCUGUCUCAUGGUAUUCUCUGUCUAUCCUCAGAAUAACUGAAAGUAUUUUAUUGUUUAAAUAUGGUUACAUAGUCAAAAUAUGAUUACAUGGUAAAUUGAUAUGAUUACAUAGUAAAUUGAUAUUACUACAUAGUCAAAAUAUGAUUACAUAGUCAAAACAUAAUUAUAAAGUAAAAAUUACAAAGUAAAAAGAUAGGAUUAUAUAGAAAAUAAAUAUGAUUACAUAGAUAUUAUUUUUAUACUUUGUUGCAGUUUGUUUUUAAUUUCAUUAUAUCUAUUUAUAUCUUAAUAUAUAUUAUGUUUUAUUGUUGAAAUUUUUAAAUGAUUAUGAUGGUAGUCAUAAAAAAAAACAGAUUUGAAAUGUAAAAAGGUAUAAAAGAUAGACAUUUUUUCUUUAUAAUUUUUUGUUAUUUUCUUAAAGUUUUUGUUAAGUUAUUUAUGUAAUAUAAGUGAAUGACCAAUUUAUUGAAUAUUAUUGUAUUAUGAUGAUAAGUGUUAAGACUUGCGCUAUUCUGGAUACUUAACAAUCCAAGUGUAAGAUAGUAAUUCAUUUCAAUAACCCAAGUAAUCAGAUCAUGUUGAAUUAAUGACAUCAGGGCAUAAGAAUGAACUACAGAGUUCAUUUUGAAUUUUUCUUGGAGUUCAGUGUUUUUGUCAAUUUACUUUAUACAGAACUAUCUUUUUUUAAUUGUUUAUUAUGAAGUCAAAAUUUGUGAAUUACUAAUUAAAAUUUCAUUGUGUGCUCUAUUGAUAAGUGCUAACAGCAUUUUGGUGUCAAUUUCUAGUCACUAGAAAGGAAACGUGUAAUAUUUUAUAUUUUCUAUGGCAUUGUUAUUUGUGUUGUAGAUAACAGAUAAUUUGUUUUGUAACUCCUUUACUUAUGAAUCUCAAUUUAUUCUAUAUAUAAAGUGAUCAAUACUUGAUAAAAUUCAAAUCCUAUUAGUAUUAUGUCUGGUGAAAAUUGGUCCCUUUUGAAAUUAUAAAAUUACCAAGAUGAAUAAUAUUCUUUAAAACAAAAGCAUCUAUUAUAAAGCUCAGCAUACAUUAUGUUUUCAAAUGAAAUGUUAACAAUAAAGAAAUUAAAGCAGAUCUAAAAUUAUGAAUAUGAUAAAGAGUAUUAAGACAUAAUAUGUUCCAAUAAGUCAAAAUCAUGUUUUGAUUGUUUUUAUAUGAACAUACAAGUAUUAACCAUUUUCCUUUUGCUAUUUGUAACAACUAGCAUAGUAUACCAACACAUAAAGAUGAUCUAAUCCCCCAAUUGAAAUAUUCAAGAAUAGAUGUUACUAAAAUCUACACCUUUUAGGUUAUGUGUGCUUUUUUUUAUCUUUUUUUUUUUAUCAACUUUGAUUUCAAAAUGAAGAGUUCUAGCACUUUCAGGGUUACCAAAAUUAUACACCCCCCUGUUAAAUAAUUUUCCAUUGAAAUUUUGAAGCAAUAAUUUUAAAUUCUGCACAUGAUUUGCCCCUGUUUUGCUAUGUCAAUAACCAUUGUAAAAUGUUAGCUUACAUAUUUGACCAGCAUGAAUUUCAUACAAAAAAGUAUUACACAUGAAGCGUAUUUGAAACCAAUUUACUUUGAAAGUCUCAUUAUUUUUCAUAUAGUUUUUUUCGUAGAGUAAAAUUCAAGUUAUGAAAUAUAAAUUUCCAAUGAAUUCAUUGCCUUAUCAUAAACAAUAUUUAUUAAGAAUAUGUGAGUUUAGUUAGGAUCAUUAUUUAUUUAUUUUGUAUAUUUGCGAUGAUAUGAAAAGAAUCAUGUUUAUUUUUGACAGUCUUAAAAAAAUGAUUUUAUAUGAUGUUGAUUUAAGUUUGUUAGAUUUUACCAUGAUUUAAGUUUUUCACUUCUGUGUAGAGAAGUUAUUGUUAAAUAUCUUUGACAAAAAGUCUUGAAAUCCUCACAAAUUUUGUGAAUCCAGUCUAAAAGAAACUCAGGAAAAUGAUUUAAAAUCUUCAUUCAGAAUUAGACAGUAAAUUAUUGGAGUUUGUAUUUCCUGUCAUUAUCCUAAAAUUACCUACCACUAUAAAUAAAACAAUAAGACUGCAACUUACAUACAAGAUGACCAUUUCCUGACAUGAACGACUUGAAAUAUACCUUUAAUUUAAGCAGUGUUUUCCAAUAGACUAUUUUAAAUCAUUUUAAACUCUGUUAUUUCAUAUUACUCCAGUUUUACAGGACUUUUCUAAGAAUUUCAUCAAAGGUACUUUAUUUUUGCAAAUUUCGAUAAAUCUUUUCUUUGUUAAAUGUCUAAUUCUCCUCUUCUUUAAUAAAAAAUGCAGUUGCACAGUUAAGUUGAAAUUUCAUGUGGAAAACACUGCAUAAGCCAAAGUAUUUUGAUUCUUUAACCCUUUCAGUUAUGACAAGUUGAAAAUAAUUUUCAAGAUUUGCAAAACACCAGAAAUUUUAGUUUAGGGAAGAAUUUUCUGUUUUCAUUAACUUUGUGACUUUGUGCUAGCAUAAAAAUGUAUGAUGUGUCUGUGUAAUUCUGUGUUUUCAUAAAACACCUGUUUGAACUGUGUGCAGGAAUAAUAAUGUGUGCCAUGUGCUCAUUGUUUUUAUUGACCGUGUUUUGUUGCACAGAUUUUGUUAAUUUAAGUAUAAUGUUUGUUAUUUAGUUUUCAUCUUCCACAAUUCAUUUCAGAGAUAUACUUGUGCCCUAAUGAGUGUUGUCAAAAUCUUAGACAAUUACAUCUUCAAUUAGGUGAUGUCUUACAUGUUCAAAAAUGAAAUUCACUGGGAGUUUGGAUAUGGGGUAAGGUUUAGAUCUUCAAAAGUGAAUCACAUAUUCAUGAUAUUUACUGAAAAUGUUUAUUUUAUAAAUUGAAAGGAAACAUUAAGAAUUGCAAAACCACAUGACAGAAUAAAAAAUACAUGUUUUGACAAUUUGUACCUUCACUUCUUUUUUUUUUUUAAUAAACUAAGAGCUAAACACAAAAAUUAUCCAGUUUUUAAUUUGAUAUUUUCCAGGUUCAAUUGAGAUUACUUAUAUUCAAGAAUUAAAGAAGUUCUUCAUGAAGUGGUGUUUUUUUUCGUUUCGUCACCCGAUUUUUUUUCUUUCUGUAUAUUGCUCUGAUAAAUUUAAAUUGGAUUGAUGAAUUCCAAGCUAAUAGAGUAACAUUUGACGUAUGAAUUCUACUGGUCCGAGUACACAGUUAUUUCGUAGUGCAUUUCUUUUAGACAAUAAAUGAAAAUUAAAAAAAUCCCACCUGUGCUUUCUCUAUAAUAUUUUUACAGUGUAAUGAUUUACUUUUGGGACAAAUUAUAUAAAAAUUAUAGAAAACUUCAUCUGCUCUAACUCGAAAUAUGGACAAUUUCAUGUUAAGGGGGUCUUGAAAUCUUUUGACAGCUUCCGAAGUAAUAAUUUUUUACCUUAUUAAGCUGGACCUAAUCACUACUUCACAUUAAUAUUUAUGACCCAAAUGUUUUUACAGUGUCUUUUCACCCCCCUUCUUGCUAUAUGAUGAAUAAAACAUGAAGAAAUAAAUUUGGAAGGGGUAUAACAAAAAUUGGCAAGUAAUAAUCACACUGUCCAUAUUAAGGACUAUAUUUGUGGACAACGAAAAUCAAAGGACUAUAACUGUGUACUCGGACCUACUGUAGAACAUAACUGAUAAAUAAACUUAUAAAAGUACAUAUAAUUAUUGUCUCAUUUUGAUAUACCGGUAGUGCACAUAUAUUGAUAAUAUAGAAUUUAUGUUUAAGGCGACUUAUUUGAUGGGUUUGGUAAAUUUCUACAUUACACUAAAAUCAUGGGGGUGAGGAGAUUUAUAUUGGAAUGCAGGGGAGGGGGAGAAGGUCAUAAAUAGCCAAAAUAUCACUCCUUGAAGAUGAUAUUUACCAGGAUGAUUGCAAGCACUGAAUAUUAAGAUUUGAUAUAUAUUUCUUAAAUAAUCAAAGAUGAAAUUGAUUAAACUAAUACAUGCACAAUCUAUUUUUUUUUAAAGGUUAUUUAUCUAUCUAUUUUGGAGGUGUUUCUACCAUAUUAUCUUUUUAUAACCUCACGAAUUAAUAUGAAAAUAUACCCACAAUCCUUUGUGUUUGAGAUGGAUAUUUUGAGUUGUGAUGAAUAAGAAAUUUUAAUGCAGAAGUGAUCAGGAAUGUAUUCUGUUCUAAUAUUUCAUAUGUUCAGUAGUACAAGAUGUAUAAAUUUCUUUCUUAAUGUGAAAUACAGCUGUUUUUCAUUGAAUAUGUGAAAUAAAAUAUAGAGAUACA